AUGGUAGCCUACUGGAGAAAUCAAAAAUGGGUACAAGGUAGUCUUCAUGCUGGAGGUAAAUGGUGGGGUACUGCAAUUGUCCUGGGUAAAGUGGGUCGUAAUUAUGUGUUGAUGCAUCGCCGUCAGGUGAUCCGUUGUGCUCCAGAACAGGUUCGUGCGGCCACAACAGAAGAAAAGAUCACUCUUGGCACUCCUCAGGCCGAAUUGUUAGGCAUCAAGGAUAUGAUCGAUCAAGGGAAUAUCCGUAGCCAGCAAUUCUUGGACUUGGUUGCCCAAUCAUAUCCCCCUGAAGCGGGAGAGACCCCAAUGCCAGAGACCGACUCUGGCCAGCCUGAAUCUGAUCCUGUUCGAGCACCGGACGCAGUGGAAGACCCUGGUCAAUCCGUGCUCAUGGAACUGGGAACUCGAGUGCCACAUGAAAGUGAAGUCUCAAAUCAGAAAGACAAUCCAGAGUCGUCUGAAAACCCCGAAGACCUCGUCAAAGACAAGAAAGAGAGUCUCCCAAGUCCGCAUGAUUCACAGUAUGGACCUAUUCGUAGGCGAAUCACUGGCAAAGAUGGACCAUUUUCACUUUGGCGCCCAGCUCCAAUUCAGCAGGAUGAAUUUGUGGAGAUCAUGAAAGAACUUGUUUCACCGUUGGUGGAGCAGGCAAUUGAAUCCACCUCACCGGCUCAUGAAGAACACAAGCGAGCAAGAUCUGAAAUGGAUUCUGCCGAGGCAGGAGAGCCAGCACCGUCGAGACCACGACUGAGUGAAGCACUGUCGGUCGAAGAAUGUUCUGAUCUAAGUAAGCUCAUGGAUGAAGCUCCCUUUGAAGUGUUCAUGUCCGAGUAUCUCAAGAAGAAAAUGAAAAAGGAACUUCGUCAUAGCAACAAUCCCCCCGAACUGCAAGCCAAGAUCGAUGAAGGCAAACGAAAUGAAUGGAACACCAUUGUCAACAAGGAUAAUGCCGUUCGUUUGCAUUUCGGUAGAAGGGCAGCUCAGAUCAAGAAAGAUCACGCCGAUCGCUUCAUAGGAAGUCGUUUUGCGCUGACUCGCAAGCCGUUGGAAGAAGGGGGUCAUGUCGAUCCAAACGACUGGUCUUCAUUCCUGGUCAAAGGUGAAGGUGCUUCGAGCCGUCAACGGAAGUUUGAACUGGUUGUCAUCACAAUCAAGGCAAUGUCCACAGCAUCAGGAACUGUGGAAUGGCUCGCACUGCUUUUGUCCGAGAUAUUGGAUGGACCUUUGCUGGUUCGUGAUUGCCGCCUAAGGAAAGAUGGCACUAUGGAGUUGCUGAUUGCCGCCUUGCACGAUGAGAGUGGUGAAGAUCUCUCAGAGUUCGAGUUGCUCUCUCCUUCCUCGAAGCCCCAAGGAAGCAUGACUGAUGCUUCAAAAAGACGAUCCGAUGAGGUCAGUUCAUCGGAAGCUCCAUGUUUGAAGCAACGCCCCAUUGCUCCACACGCUGGAGGAAAGCAGCCUGAUGAUCGCUUCCCACCUGGCAUCUCCUCUCUCACUGAGUGGGGAAAGACCGUGCUUCAGUAUGGCAAGUUCGGAAAAGCUGAUCUCACCUAUGCAGAAAUGGCCGAUGAUCCUGCUAAGGACAAGAGUUCUUACUGUACUUGGAUCAAGUCCCAGAAGGACAGGGACACUCUCCAUGUGCAGCUUCGUGAUUUCGGCAAGUACUUGGCAGCUCGUACCGAUUCAGCCGAGUCGGGAGUGAUCUGCUAUCCUGGAAGCUCGCUACCCCGACAGAUGCGGGGUUGA